ACGCAGUUGUAGUUGUGUUGGAUGUUGAAUAAAAUUGAAGUAGAAUAUCCAGCCCAGCAUAAAGUAAACCAGCAAUAUCCAGUGUGUCAUUGAUGCACAUUAUAGUUACAUAGUAAAUGAUUGCGAGAAUGUGUUGUGAUGUUCCUGUUUGUUGAUGAUAAAUUACUCACUCGGUGUAGAUGCUUUUUGGUGAAGUGUGUAUAGAUAAAUUGGUGAGCCGGCAGGCAAGAUGGGCAAACUCUUGUCAAAAAUAUUUGGCAACAAGGAGAUGCGCAUCCUUAUGUUGGGAUUAGACGCAGCUGGAAAAACUACAAUAUUGUAUAAACUUAAAUUUGGACAGUCUGUCACAACAAUACCAACAGUAGGAUUUAAUGUGGAAACAGUAACAUACAGAAAUGUUAAAUUCAAUGUUUGGGACGUGGGCGGUCAAGAUAAAAUACGCCCGCUUUGGCGUCAUUAUUAUACCGGAACACAAGGACUUAUUUUUGUAGUGGAUUGUGCAGAUCGUGAUCGAAUUGACGAGGCUCGUCAAGAAUUGCAUCGAAUUAUCAACGACAGAGAAAUGCGUGACGCUAUUAUAUUAGUAUUUGCCAAUAAGCAAGAUCUUCCUAAUGCAAUGAAGCCACACGAAAUACAGGAGAAACUGGGCUUAACGAGAAUACGAGAUAGAAAUUGGUAUGUUCAGCCGUCAUGUGCCACGACGGGGGAUGGACUUUACGAAGGCCUUACUUGGUUGACUAGUAAUCAUAAAUUAUGAAUAAUUAGUUAGUCUUUAUUCCUCGUGGUU